AAAACUGUUGAUUUCCGGCUGAUGAGGUCUGUGUACACGUCUACAUACAGUAUCCGCGAGUGUAGUCUGGAGCAGAGCAAUAACAAUUCCGUUAACCCUUGAAUACAGUAUCAACCGUGGAUUCAGUACAUAUAAAAACAUCGAUAAAAGCAUGCACGUCUAACAAAGAGCUUACUGACAAGACGAGGAAUCCCUGCAGUUUGAAUUACAUCGGCACUGGGUUUGUGUUUACACUCAAUUCAGAUGGGGGAGGUGAGGAAACUCCAAAAGAAGUUAAGGCAAAUUGAGAACUUGGAAAUCAAAAUUUCCCUCACUCCCGAGGAAAAAAUAAAGGUCUCAAAGAAGGCGGAGCUUCGCUCCAGAUUGGCUGAGCUUCUGCUGCAGCAUUCUGGCCCCCAGCAAACUCAAGGGAUUGUGGGAAAAGAGGAGGAUAAAAUGAAAAGACAAGUCGAGGAGGUCACAGAGCAACAUGUUGCCCGUCCCCCUGCGCUAAAGAUUGCACGAGAGGAGAGACGAGAGAAUGAAGGAAGCGAUGGAAGCCAGACAGAUGGCAGAGGAGAAACGCAUCUCCCCGUCAGCCCCAGUGUAGAGGAACAAGAAGAUGCCAAAUUCAAAACAUGCAAACAAACUUGGGAAAAGUCCAAGUUUCGCCUCAGAACUCUGGAGGGUCACAGUGACAUCAUCACCUGUGUGGUCGCCGUCGACAAUCUCGUGAUUUCUGGCAGUCGAGAUACAACAGUUAAAGUGUGGCAUGUUCCCACGGCAACAGAGCAGCGUAAUUUGGGAGGUCACAGCGGUGGAGUCACCUGUCUCAGUGCACCACCUCCAGAGUACUGCAGGAGAUUGGCACGUGCAUUCGACUUGGCCGACAAAGAAAGAUUUGUUCUAAGUGGUUCCACAGACUGUUGUGUGAAAAUUUGGGCUUUGAGCUCGGGUCAGUGUGUUAAAUCCAUCUACACCUUCAAUGCAGUCACAAGCCUGUGCUUCAUUCCUGAGGGACACGGCUUCAUUGUUACUGGUUCAGAUGCUGGGAAGCUGCAGGUGUGGAGCUGGAGCUCGCAGGAGAACUGUCUGUCAGCGAACGCACACCUGGACGCAGUCACCACACUACAGUCACAGGGUCCUCUGUUGUUCAGUGGCUCCGCCGAGGGAUGUGUGUGUGUGUGGGAGGUGUCCGAUGAUGGGCCGGAGCCCCUCCGCAGGCUGCACCUCUGGGGGCCAGAAGUCACAGGGUGUGGAGGGGAUGACGGGGUGAACGGGAGGCUGAUUCUGAGCCCCCGCGGUGACCGUGUGUUUCUCUCGUGUGGGAGGGCCAGCAUACGAAUCCUAAAUUGGAGAACGGGCGUGAUGACUAGAUUAACCAAUCACAGCAGUACUGCGGGUGUCACAGAUUGUGUAAAUCAGAUACCCGGCCUUUUGAUUGGCUCUUGUUUUGACCUCGCUAAUGGAGAGAGCAAGAUUAACCUGUUCUCACUUCCCCAGUGCAGGUACCUGGUUUCUCUCACCUCUUCAGAUCUUCCCAGAAUUCUUUGCUUUGCUGCGUGGCUAACAGCAAGCGGGGACCAUCGUUGGGUCACAGGGGGUCGUGAACUCAUUGUUUGGGAGCAGCUUCCGGGAAGUUUUAAAAAGAGAGGCGAUGUCACAGUGAGACGAGACAGCCGAUUGGAAGAUUGUCUUUUGGAAUCUGACAGAGACUCAGAAGAUGACAAAAGUGAGGACGAUGACGAAGACUCCAUAACCCAGGAUGCAUCUGAAACAGAGGAACCCACAAGUUCUUCAUGGCUGCGUUGUGUACUUCAGUGAGAGAAAGGAGGGGUGAAUGAAAAAAGAGAGUGACAAAGGGGAAGGAGAUGGAAGGAGGGUUACAAAGAAUAAACUGGAAAGGAAGAGCGAGAGAAGGCAAGGUCAAGGGAUGACGGUGGAGUGCAAGAAAUCAUGCGAAGGGACUGAAGUGGAACAGAUUGUCUGACUGGCAGAAGGGAAGAAACAGAAGGAAGAAAGAAACAACAGACUGUUUUCUAUGUAAACGUUGAUCCAAUAAAACCUACCACGUUA